ACGGCCUCCCGCAGCUCCCGUCAUCCGAGGCCGUGACGCGCCUCGCUCGCGUGGGCGGCGCUCUCCCCUCCGGGCGGCCGACGAGAAAGUGACAGGGGCGGGCGCGUAAACUCACAAAAAGGCCGGCGGAGGCGUGCCUCCGCCCGAGGACGCUGAGGUGGCAGGGCUGAGGGGCGGGGUCGGGACGGGCCCUGGCAUCAUGUGAUGCAGGUGGCUUCCGCUGGUUCUUGCACGUGAUAGGAUCUCCGUAGUCGUUGUCUCUUCCGCCCGGAGAAAAGAUGGCGGCGCGCGACCGCCAUCGGCUUUAGCGCUCGCCCCUCCCCGCCCCUUCCCUCAAGAAAGAUGGCGGCCGCCUGUGCGGGCUUCCGUUGACGGUAUCGCGGACUUCGCUCCUGUCCGUCUCGGGGCUCCUGGCGCUCAUUGGAUCCUUCCUGGAAGAUACUUGAGAUCACAUUAAACAUCGGGAAGAAAAUGGUGUCCAAGCAGGCCUUCCUCUGCAGCCUGGGCUCCGUCUACCUGUCUCUGCUAUUUGUUUUCCUCCUCAUGGAUGUUUACGCCAGGCCUGCGAACAACUCAGCCUUAAAGGACAAGGGGAUGGACAAGGAUGAGAAUGAGAUCCUGCCCAGAGACCACCUGAACGGGGUCAAGAUGGAGAUGGACGGGCACCUGAACAAGGACUUUCACCAGGAGGUCUUUUUGGGGAAAGAGAUGGAGGAGUUUGAUGAAGAUUCAGAACCACGGAGAAACAGAAAGAAGCUCAUGGCGAUCUUCGCCAAGGUGGACAUUAAUAAUGACAAAAGGAUUAGUGCCAAGGAGAUGCAGCGUUGGAUCAUGGAGAAGACAGAGGAGCAUUUUCAGGAAGCUGUCAAAGAGAACAAGAUGCACUUCAGGGCGGUUGAUCCCGACGGCGACGGCCGUGUGUCUUGGGAUGAAUAUAAAGUGAAGUUUUUGGCGAGCAAAGGCCACAAUGAGAAAGAGGUUGCGGAAAAGAUAAAAAACAACGAGGAACUGAAAAUUGAUGAAGAAACCCUGGAAGUUCUCGACAACCUCAAGGAUCGCUGGUAUCAGGCUGACAACCCUCCAGCUGACCUGCUGCUGAAUGAGGGGGAGUUCCUGUCCUUUCUCCACCCAGAACACAGCAGGGGCAUGCUCAAGUUUAUGGUCAAGGAGAUUGUCCGGGACCUGGACCAGGACGGUGACAAGAAGCUCGUUUUGUCUGAGUUCAUUUCUCUGCCCGUGGGGACAGUUGAAAACCAGCAGGCCCAGGACAUUGAUGACGACUGGGUAAAGGACAGAAAGAAGGAGUUUGAAGAAGUGAUUGAUGCUAACCACGAUGGCAUUGUCACCAUGGAAGAGCUAGAGGAAUAUAUGGAUCCCAUGAAUGAAUACAAUGCUCUCAACGAAGCCAAGCAGAUGAUCGCGGUGGCCGACGAAAACCAGAACCAUCAUCUGGAGAUGGAGGAGAUCCUGAAAUACGGGGAGUACUUCACAGGGAGCAAGUUAAUGGACUAUGCCCGGAAUGUCCACGAAGAGUUCUGAGGCCCCGCCCCUCCCCUCCCCUCCCCUGGGAGCUGCUGCACCUUCUCCUCCUCCAUCUCCAGCCCCUGCUCCUGCUCCUGCUCCUGCCCCACCCACGAGAGGAUCCAUUCUCUUGCUGCUAUUUGUGUUGUGCGUGUGCGUGUGUGUGUGUGCGCGCGUGCACAUGUGUGUGCUUGCAUGUGUGCUUGUGUUGUCCUGAAGCAGAGAGCCUUCCGUCCACCUCGAACCUGAACGGCUACUCGUCUUGGGGCAGCAGGAACUGUCCACUUGGAAUGGCUUUCCCAGAGCCGACCGUCACGUUCUCUAUCAGAACCUUCCUCUGACACGAACCACGCGCUUGUGAAAUAGCUGAGUGGGCUGGGGAGGGGGCAGCGCAGCUUCUCGGGCUGAGAGUGGGGCACACUCUGGCCCUUUGGAGGAAGAAGCAAGCUCAGGGGCCAGCACUCGUCAGCAGCAAGGACGAUGGGCUGGGCAGCUUAGCGUAAGUGACCCAAGCCGGUCUGCUGGGUGCUGGCAGGGCACCCCACGGUGCAGGGCGCCAGGACCCCCGGCUUAGCCCGAGGGCAAAGGGACCUCUGCGAUGCUUUCUACGGCUGCCUUGAAAUGAGUUGAUCUUCCUGUGAUCUCUGAAUACCCCUGCGUGCUGGGGCGUGGCCGAGCCAGAGGGAUGGAGGGCAUGGACUUUUCCUCCCAGUCCCUGAUAAUGAAGCCGUCCCACUCAGAACACACCCAUCAGGCUGCUUCAAGACACUUAGGUUUGGAUCGGGCCUCCUCUGCCCUCCUCUGCCCUCCCACUACUUUAUUUUGUUCCAACGGCAUUUUUGUUUUUCAGAUUUAUUAAAAACUGCCUCAGAAA